UUCAAAAAAAAAAUUCGUAAAAAUUAAUGAAAACAUUUCAAAAAAUUCAAAGAAACACAAAACACUAGUGUUGUUGUAUACAUGUGUGAAAAGUUGUCUUUAACUGACAAGUGCUUAACUUAGUGUCAAGAUCAGUGCUAAUUAUCAACCACUAUCACUAUCACUGCGUACGAUUGGAUUAUUAAUAAUGCAUUUACCAGCCGGUACUACUAUGGUGGCGACAAUUACUCAAGUUAUGACCACCAAUACCAGCAAUUCGAAUCCCACCACCAAUCUUAACACAAAUUCAGCCAGCUCCACAGGUUCCUCAACACCUGACACUAAUUCAAAUAUCGCUAAAAUGCCGAGCUCAAUGACGGAUACGUAUAAUAGUUUUCGAGAGAUGCUUCAAGAGUAUCAUGGCGAAUUGGUGCAAACAGGUGCCCCAUCUAUUCUAUGUAGUGCUUUGCCAUCGCAUUGGCGUUCAAAUAAAUCAUUGCCACACGCUUUUAAAGUCAUUGCUUUGGACGAUGUGCCCGAUGGUGCUAUGGUCACCGUCAAAGCGGGCAAUGAUGAAAAUCCAUGCGGAGAGCUUCGUAGCUGUUCAGCCCCGAUGAAACAUCAAGUAGCAAAAUUUAAUGAUUUGCGUUUCGUGGGUCGAUCGGGUCGCGGCAAAUCUUUCAACCUAACCAUCACCAUCUGCCAUCCAAACUAUCCAUAUCCUCUACAAGUUGCCUCAUACACCAAAGCUAUUAAAGUCACCGUUGACGGUCCACGGGAACCAAGAAGUAAGCAAAGCUACGGUUAUCCCCAUCCAGGCGGUUUUAAUCCUUUCAUGCUGAAUCCAGCUUGGCUGGAUGCUGCCUAUAUGACUUACGGUUAUGCGGAUUACUUUCGUCAUCAAGCAGCUGCAGCGGUCAGUCACCAUCCUGCCUUAGCUAAAAGCUCACCACCUUUACCGUCUGGUCAAACGGUUGUCCCAACACCAGCUACGGCUGGUGCAGCUAUUGAAUAUCAUCAUCCCAGUCAAAUAACGCCACCGCCUACAGGUGCUACGACGAUUCCUGCUGUUAAUUCUUUACCAUCGCCACCUGGUUCCACAUACAGUAUACCGCAAUUUCCAUUUAAUCCCGUAGCAGUGGCAGCAGCCGCAGCUGCCGCUUCUGUCCAUCCUGAUUUGUUGCAUGCUCAACAAAAACCUCACCCUCAUGCUUUUUAUCCUUAUCAUUUUGCGGCCGGAUUAAGAGCUCGCGUGCCACCUUUACAUAAUCCCUCUUUGCCAAUCAACAAUGGUCCUCCGGAACAUAUCAGUACAGCUCAUAUUAGUCCUGCAUCUUCAAGACCUUCAUCCUCAUCGCCGCCUUUAACAAGAAGUCAUAUUAAGCUCAACAAUUCUCUGGAAACUGGUUCAGUGCACGAGCACUCCGCUUCCGAUGUUGAUUCAGAUGAUGAGCAUAUCGAUGUGGUAAAGUCGGCUUUUGUUCCCAUAUUACGUCCUCAAAUAUCUAGCGUAACUGGUUCGACGGAAGAUCUAGAUAAAUCAGUUGACUCGACACGUUCAUCGCCCGGCCAACAAAUCAGUGUACCCCGUCCACGAUCUGAAUUGAAAGCUCCUUCCUCCCUAAAAGCCAUAUACCAUGAACGCUCGCAGUCGGCCCGGUAUACAUCCACCGAAACCGGAGUAACUAAUACGACAAAAAUCAAGAAUGGCACCUGCAGUCAAAAGACUGUGUGGCGUCCGUACUGA